AUCGCCUCGCGAAGCAGCCGCACGUCUGUCAAUAACCGUGCGUUUGUCGUGUUUAAUAAAUAAACAAAUACAAUUUCGCAAUUUGUCCAGUUUAACGCAGGAUAUAGAAGGGUCCAGGAGAUUUAGGAUGAAAUAAGCUCCUGUAAUGUCCAUGGUGCCAACAUUAAAAAAUCAAUUAUUUUGUAUUUAAAUCCAAAGACAAUAAACGUAUUUACAAAGAUAUUUUACAAGAAUUAAACAUGAGUUUCGAUUCGAAUGGGUCAUCGAAAAAGCUGAACUUGGAUAGAGCGUCGAAUUUUAUGCGACAGUUUCGAGACCCUGAUUCGAGGGAGCUGAAGAAAUUGUCUGCAAACCAGUUUAUGGAAGUAUGGAGUCAUUAUGAUAAAGAUGGUAACGGAUAUAUAGAAGGCACGGAGCUGGAUGGUUUUCUGAAGGAAUUCGUUUCUAGCGCGAAUUUCACAGAUAUCAGCCCGGAUGCUGUAUCUGAUUCAAUGCUAGUGGAGCUGAAGGCAUGUUUCAUGGAAGCGUAUGAUGACAAUCAAGAUGGGAAAAUUGAUAUCAGAGAGUUGGCGCAACUUCUGCCCAUGGAGGAAAAUUUCCUGCUGCUCUUCAGGUUUGAUAAUCCUUUGGAAUCCAGCGUGGAAUUUAUGAAGAUAUGGCGAGAGUACGAUACAGAUGGCAGCGGGUAUAUUGAAGCUGAUGAAUUGAAGAACUUCCUCCGAGAUCUUUUAAAAGAGGCAAAGAAGAUAAACGACGUUUCGGAAGAUAAAUUGAUUGAGUAUACAGAUACAAUGUUACAAGUUUUCGACUCGAACAAAGAUGGACGGCUGCAGCUUUCUGAAAUGGCUAAGUUACUUCCUGUGAAGGAAAAUUUCCUGUGCAGACAAGUGUUUAAGGAAGGCAUUGAGGGCGCUACCAAACUUACAAAGGACGAUAUAGAAAGAGUUUUUUCACUAUAUGAUAGGGAUAACAACGGCUCAAUUGAAAAUGAAGAAUUAAGGGGAUUCCUCAAAGAUCUGUUAGAAUUAGUCAAAAAGGACUACGACGCUCAGGACCUCCUUGAAUUCGAAGAGACAAUCCUCCAAGGCGUAGAGUACAGCAGUGAGGGCAAAAUCAGUAGAAAGCAACUCACCAUGAUACUGUUAGCUCUCGCAAAACACAACCAGGAGGAAGACGUACCAAUAACACCAUAAAUACAUUUAAUUUUAUCAGCCAGUCCGUCCUAGUAUCCGAAUAACGCUAUGGCAUUUUUUACAACUGUUUUUGAAUGAUUUAGUCUCUCUCUCUCUGUGUGUCUUUCUUUUUGACUCUCUCUAUCUCUCUCCCUUUCUCUCUCUCUCUAUAAUAACUGGUUCCUGUAUUUUGAUCUUAGAGAAUUCUUAAAGUGCAAGGAAUUUUUUAAAAAAUAAAGAUAAAGUUUAGAGAAUCAAUACCUAUCUAGAGCACCUAUUUUCCUUUAGAGUCAAUUAUGAACCUAAUUGUAAAUGACUUUAGAGCUACAUUGAUCCAUACUCCUAGUUGACAUUGUUUCGCGCAUCGCCAUUGGCCAGAAACGUUGCUCUUUCCCGCGCUUCUGACUUCUGAGAAUCUUUUUGUAAUGUUUCUUAAUAAUAACUUACCAACUACAUUUCAGUUAUUUAAAAUAUUCUUGAGUAGUAAGUAGUAGUGAUUAAUAUUUGAAAACAUAAAUGAAAAAAAAAUUCGAUUUGUGAAUUGUGACAGUUGUAAAAAGUGCCAAAGUAAAUUAUUUCAAAAAAACAUGUGUGCUUUUUUUACUUAGAAUUAAUAGAAGCGUUGUGUUAUAUUUACAAGAAUAACAGCUUAAUGUUGUAUGUUAUUAUUAUUGUAUCGUAAGCAUUGUUAUAAAUAGGUUUUGUAAAAUUGAAAUAAUCAAAUUUUGAUGUUAAAUUAAUCGUAUUUAAAAUCAAUUUUCUCCCUGUGAGUGGACGUUUGGUAAUCUAUAGCAUAAUAAUUAUUUUUUUUAAAACUAGCAGUAAUACCGUUACUUACAUUUAAACUUAACAAGAAAAGGAAUUGCGAAGAAAAUCUACCGUAUCGUUUUCCAUUAUUUUUUCAGUGAUCUAAUAAAAAAAGAAUACUUUUGCGGGAGUUUUGUGAUUUCAAAUUAAUUAUUCAAAGUAUACUUUUGUGACCUAAAGAAUGUAAUUAUUGUUGAAAUAGCACUGAAAAAGAAAAUUCUGAACGUUAAUUUUAACGAUUGCGACACACAAAAAUACCUCUUCUAGACAUAGACUAAAAAAAAUUUAAAAAAAAAUGCACAAGGGAGAAAAUAUUACCUACUGCUCGUAAUAAAAAAAAUGUGUGCACAUAAGAAGUGAAACUUUUUUAUGACCUUAUUUUUCAAAAAAUAUUU